CUUUGCCUCCUUGUUGUCCGCCAGUCACAACUUGGGUGUCUGCGACGCUCAACUUAGUAAUCGUUACGAUUUUCUCAUUGCAAGUGCCAGAUAGUCUAGCGCCAACGUAUAUUCCAUCAAUUUCCUAUAAAUGGAAGUUUAUGAUCCAUGACAUAUUGGAAUAAACGCAUUGAAAAUACUAAUAAUUACUAGAUUGAAAUCGUGCUAAGCAAUGGAGAGAAAAGGGCCUAGGAGUCCACCUAGUGACGAUUCUCCAGAUGAUAGGAGAAGGAAUAAAAAGUAUGAUAGAUCUCCAUCGCCUAGAAGAAGAUACAGAAGAUCUAGAACUAGAAGUAGAUCGGUCUCUAGAUCACCCUCUAGUUCCAGGGAUAGGGGAUCUAGGAGGAAAGAAAAUGAAUGGAAGACCAGUGCACCACCGCCACCACCACCACAGACUACCAAUAAAGCUGUAAAUCCACCUACUAAUACUGCUUAUCCUCCAAGACCUGUAAUGCCGCAAUAUACUGCUCCUCCGCCAAAUACCAGUCAACCACCACCACCUAUGCAAUAUCCACAAGGUUAUGCCAAUUACACCAACUAUUCAAACUAUAACCAAGCUUACCCGGACUACUCUGCAUAUCAGCAUCAAGCUGCUCCAGGAUAUAGAAAUGAUUAUCCACCACCUAAUUGGCAAGGCACGGUUCAGUAUAACAGCCAACCACAGCAACAACCGCAGCAACUUCAGCAGCAAGUUACUGUUGCUACAGCAGCAGUGAGUCAACCCCGUGUUGUUGAUCCAACCCAAGCUACAAUGAUGGGCGUUACAACUGCUGGUAGAACUGAUGAUAAAAAAGAAGCGGAACUUAAACAGCAAAAAGCGACACUGGGUAAACAACGAGAGGACUAUGUUAAAAAAUGUUCAACCCUGCAAAGAGAAUUAGAAAUUUUACGCAAACAAUGUGAAGAAAUUGGUCAAGAUGGAGGUCGAGAAAACAAUCGCAUUAUCAAAGAAAACCAAAAACUUCAGGCUGAAAUACAAAAUAAAAUGAAAUCAAUUCAUAAUAUAAUCGACAUGCUGACUGGCAUUAUUGGAGACAAAUUGAGCGUUGAAGAUUUAAAGUUAAAGUACAAACCUGAUUCAAUUAAGCGUUCUAGAAGCCCCAGAGAAGAUAAAUCACUAGUUAAUACGCCUAAUUCUGACAUUCGUGAUGAAGACAAACCAACUUACAACUUUGUACAUUAUGAUCCAGAAAUGCACUGGUGUAAAAUUUGUGAUAUCUUUCCAAAAACUGCCAAGGAAUAUCUUAAUCAUUUGCAUAGUAAUGAGCAUAAGGAAACUUGUUUGGAGCGAAAAAUAGUCGACAUGCCGUGGCAUGACAGCAAAAUUGAAUCUCGUGAAAAAGAAGUUACAUUCUAUCCUGGUCUACCUACGAAAAGAACACCGAUUAAAGGCUUGCAGUUCUUCAGUCCGUCCACAGCUUGGUAUUGUAAAUUAUGUCAUGCAUGGAUUGGAGACCUUCAUUGUGCCAGUUUGCAUUUGAAAUCUCGCCGCCAUUCAGAAAACUUCAGUCGAUUUGUCGAUCAAAAUCCUCAUUGGGAAACUGAUUGGAUGGCAGAUCGUGAAAAAGCUUUUUCUGAAGACAAAAAUAAGCAGAUUCAAUUAGAAAUUCAAAAACAAAGUGAUAGUAAAGAAUCUAAACCAAAAAAAUCGAAAAAGGCUAAAAAAGCUAAGAAGAAGUCAAAAAAGAAAAGUAAAAAUAAAAGCAGUUCCGAGUCUUCUAGUGACUCUGAGAGUAUUGCAGAAUCUGACAAUGCCAGUAAUGGACUAAUGAUUGAGGAUAGCUCAAAAAGUAUACGCGUUGCUAUGAGGAACAAAAAUAAGCCUGCUGGACAUCCUUUGACACCUAGUGAUUCUGAACGAUAUGUUAAUAAUAAAAUCGACGAGGACAGAGCACUGGUUAAUUCAUUAAGAGAGAAGAUGAAAGUCAGACAAGAACUUGAAGAACAAGAACAACAUCGACAAAUAAUGUCAAAACCACCAUCUCCGGUACCACAACCGGCGCCAGUACCUUACAUUCCACCUGAUCCUAUGCCUACAUGGAGUAAAGAUAAUAAUUCCAAAAAUUUCUGGUUGAAAAAAGAUGAAGACAACAAGCCUGUAAAAAUAGAAGAAUUGCCAAAACCUCAUAUGGGUUUUUGGACGAAGCAGCAAAUAGCUUCACUCAAAGACAAGGACGUCAAAGAGAAAGAAAGAGAAAGAGAUCACGACAGCAAGGAUGGCGAUAAAGAUCGGGAACGUGAUAGGGAUAUUAGGGGUCGGGACCGUGACAGAGAUCGUGACAGAUAUCGCGAUGAAAGAUAUAACAAAUGGGAUAGGAAGGAUGAUCGAUAUAAAGACGACAAGGAUCGAUAUGAUCGUGGAUGGGAUCGUCGAAGAGGAGGCGGUAGAGAUUAUUAUGAUGGCAGGAAUAGAAAGCGCGACGACUCACCGGUCAAAGACGGUGGUCGCAGCAAUUGGGAUCGUGAAACUGUGAGUCCUCGCCGUGAUCGAGACCGUGAGCGUGAGCGUGAACGUGAACGUGAACGUGAACGCGAACGCGAACGUGACCGAGAUCGUGACCGUGAUGAUAAGUACAAGCGUGAUGAUGACGAGGAUAAGAAAAGCGACCGAAAGAAAAGUCAACCACCGCAACCGGGGAAGAAACCAUUGAAUCAAUCACCCGCACCAUCUUCUAAUAGCAAAAGUAAACUCCCGUUCAUUGGUAGAUUACCAUUAUUCAAGAAAAAGGAGGAUACCAAGCCAGAAAAAGAAAUAACUGCAGUUCCGUAUACUCAAAGUAAGUUCGAGAACACCCCACCAGUUCCUACGAAUAUCAUCAAUCCCCCCGGUGUUGUUCACGUACCGAAAUUGGCUACUCCUUUGGUACUUCCUAGCAAUGGAACCGCUGCAAAAGUUCAACAAAUAAAAUCAGUAACAAUGAUACCAUUGAAAGAAAAAGACGAGCCAGUGGAUAUGGAAAUAGAGGAUCAGUCGGAAGAAGCGGAUAUAGAGCAGAACCCGGAGGAUCCUGAUUCGGAAAAAUCAAAUGUGGAUGUCAAUGUUACUCAACCACCACCAGGCUAUCCCAAAAAAGCAACCGAACCGACACCUUUUGUACAUACAGGACCACCUCCACCUUUCGUAACCAAUUCAUUUUUAGCUCCACCAACAAGUCAGCCACCCCCACAAAUGCCACCAACCUUCAUGCCGCCUCCUAUGCAAAUUCCUCCUCCAGGAAUGUAUGUUAACCCGCCGCCACCUGUUGCUGAGCAACAGCAGAUGAUGGUAACUGGAGUACCAGCACCUGAACUCACCACUGAACAAGUCGCCCCUGUUGAACCUGCCAAACGAGCAGAUGGAGCACCUCUACCUGAAGAUCUCCAAGAAGCUUUGAAUAUCAUAUUUCCAGACGAAGCUGCUGCAGAGGCUGCGGCCCAACAAGCAGCAGUUCAAGCACAAGAAACAGCUAUGAUGUACGGUGGAAUGUAUGGUACUGUAUAUGCUGGUUUCAGUGCUGAUUACACAGAACCACCACCAGAAAUUACUCAACAGAAUCCCGAGCAAGAAGCCGACGCUGGGCCCGAUGAUCUAAGAAUGUUGGGUAUCGACGAGGGGGAUACUAUUUUAUAAAGAACUACAAUAUGUAUUUUAGGAAAAAGAAAUAAUUAAAAUUGAUUGUGGUGGUUUUGAGAACGAUAGUGUGAUGGAAACAAAUUUACGUGUACAUUCUUACUAUUAGAAAGGGUUUUUUUACCAAUGAUCGCAUCGGUUGGUACUCAUUUUAAUGUAGAUAAAUGAUACAAAUCAUUUAAUCGUCGACCAGGAUUUUGAUGUUAAUAUGUACCAAUUACAUUAUCUUGUUUAAUGACUACUAUCACUAAAGAUCAAUUCGUUUAAAUUUUUUGUCUUGAAUUAAUAAUGAAUUAUGCAUCCAUUAUCACAAUGCGAAGUGAUAAUGUAUUGAGCAUGUAUGCAUUAUAAAAUAUGUUCAAUGCUCAAUUUACAAUGUACAUAUCUAACUUGACUUUGAUUUUUGUUAAUAUUCAGUUUGUCACAUAUGUGCACCGCAAAAAUUUCAAGUCAGUUUGUCAGUUUGACGAUAAUGUUAUUUUAUGAAAACUUAUUGAUCCUUGUGAACGUAUUUUACAAUUCUAUAGUAUUUAUUGCACCUUAAAACGUUUUUUGAAUUUUUAUAAUUAAGUCAUACUUAUAAAAUUAUUUUCACAAUAAAAUCUAGUUGAUUA